AUGGAGUUCCUGAGCUCAAUCUUGGAUCUUGUCCCAUGCUUAUAUGAUCACACCUCCAAGCAUACGCUCUACAUUCGUGAUCUGAAAAAAAAUAUUGAAGCCUUGAGUAAAGAAAUGGAAAAACUGAACAACUUAUAUGAAGAUGUGAAGGCAGGGGUUGAACGUGCAGAGCAACAACAGAUGAAGCGCAGAAAGGAAGUGGGUGGUUGGAUACGUGAAGUAGAAGACAUGGAGAAAGAAGUCAACGAAAUUCUGCGAAGAGGCGAUCAAGAAAUCCAGAAAAGAUGUCUCGGAUGCUGUCCCAGGAAUUGUUGGUCCAGCUACAGGAUUGGGAAGGCAGUAAGUGAAAAGCUCGUUGCUGUAUCUGGUCAAAUCAGCAAAGGGCAUUUCGAUGUUGUAGCCGACAUGCUGCCUCGUCCUCCAGUAGAUGAACUGCCCAUGGAGGAGAUUGUGGGCUCAGAAUUGACGUAUGACAGGAUCUUUGUGAUUUGGGUUGUGGCGUCAAAACCGUCCAACAUUGAAAAAAUUCAGGAAGUUAUUUGGAAUAAAUUAAAAAUCCCACGUGAUAUAUGGGAAAUUAGAAGCACUAAGGAGGAGAAGGCUGUCGAAAUAUUGAGAGUUCUGAAAACAAAGAAGUUCGUGUUGUUGUUGGAUGACAUCUGGGAGCGACUUGAUCUUCUAGAAAUGGGGGUUCCCCAUCUCGAUGCUCAAAAUAAGUCCAAGAUAGUUUUUACAACCCGAUCACAGGAUGUGUGCCACCAAAUGAAAGCUCACAAGAGUAUAGAAGUGGUGUGUUUGUCAUCAGAAGCUGCUUGGACUUUGUUUCAGAAGGAGGUAGGAGAAGAAACAUUAAAGUCUCAUCCACAUAUACUGAGGCUUGCAAAUAUUGUUGCUGAAGAGUGCAAAGGUUUACCUCUUGCUUUGAUUACUCUUGGGCGAGCCAUGGUAGGUGAGAAAGACCCCUCAAAUUGGGAAAAGGUACUACAAGAUUUGAGCAAAUUUCCAGCUGAAAUUUCAGACAUAAAAAUUAAAGUGGAAGGGGAAGGGGAAGGGACAGAAAUGGAUGUGACUCUCCCAAACUACAUUGCUGCAAGGGAGAACUACUUCUAUGCCCUUCAUGAGGGUAAUUUCUCUUCUCUUGUUCAUGAGUUGGCUCUGAUCAGUUCUUCUUUUUGUCCUUUUACUGCAUUCAGAGCUGGGGCUUGUUCUAGCAGUUGUGGCAACAGCCGGGUUUGA